AUGGUGAAGGAGCAGUUCCGAGAGACGGAUGUGGCGAAGAAAAUAAGCCACAUCUGCUUUGGGAUGAAAUCUGCAGAGCAGAUGCGGCAGCAGGCUCACAUCCAGGUGGUCAGUAAGAAUCUGUACAGCCAAGACACCAAACACACUCCUCUGCCCUAUGGAGUGCUGGACCACCGCAUGGGCACCAGUGAGAAAGACAGACCAUGUCUGACGUGUGGCAAGAACCUGGCAGAUUGUUUAGGACAUUACGGAUAUCUGGAUCUGGAGCUGCCAUGUUUCCACGUCGGCUACUUUAAAGCCAUCAUAGGCAUCCUACAGAUGAUUUGUAAGACAUGCUCGAGCAUCAUGCUGACGAAAGAAGAGAAGCUGCAGUUCAUGGAUCAUUUGAAGCGGCCGAACCUGGCCUACCUCCAGAAACGCGGCCUGAAGAAGAAGAUCUCUGAUAAAUGCCGGAAAAGGACAAUCUGUCUAAACUGCGCCGCUUUUAAUGGACCAGUGAAGAAAUGUGGCCUUCUUAAGAUCAUCCAUGAGAAAUAUAAAACCACCAAGAAAGUGAUCGACCCCUUUGUGUCAGAGUUCAUGCAGUCCUUUGAUAUCGCCAUCGAACACAACAAACUCGUGGAGCCUCUGCUCACAAGAGCUCAGGAAAACCUGAACCCUCUGGUGGUGCUGAACCUUUUUAAGAGGAUUCCGCUGGAGGACGUCCCCCUGCUGCUGAUGAACCCCGAGGCGGGGAAACCCGCUGACCUGAUCAUCACUCGCCUCCUGGUGCCCCCGCUCUGCAUCCGACCCUCCGUGGUCAGCGACCUCAAAUCAGGCACCAACGAGGACGACCUCACGAUGAAGCUGACAGAGAUCAUCUUCCUCAACGAUGUCAUCAAAAAGCAUCGUAUGACCGGGGCGAAGACGCAGAUGAUCAUGGAGGACUGGGACUUCCUCCAGCUGCAGUGUGCCCUUUAUAUCAACAGCGAACUGUCUGGCAUCCCUCUCAACAUGGCUCCGAAGAAGUGGACCAGAGGCUUUGUGCAGAGACUUAAGGGAAAGCAAGGUCGGUUCAGAGGGAACCUCUCAGGGAAAAGAGUGGACUUCUCUGGCAGAACUGUCAUUUCUCCAGACCCAAACCUGAGAAUCGAUGAGGUGGCCGUCCCGGUGCACGUUGCCAAAAUCCUCACGUACCCAGAGAGGGUAAACAAAGCCAACCUGGAGCUCAUGAGAAAACUUGUCCGCAACGGUCCAGAUGUUCACCCCGGAGCCAAUUUUAUCCAGAACCGUUCCACGCAGAUCAAGAGGUUUUUGAAAUACGGAAACCGUGACAAGAUCGCUCAGGAGCUGAGGUUCGGCGACUUGGUGGAAAGGCACCUGAUCGACGGGGACAUCGUUCUCUUCAAUCGACAGCCGUCUUUGCACAAACUCAGCAUCAUGGCUCACAUUGCCAGAGUCAAACCUCACAGGACGUUUCGGUUCAACGAGUGUGUGUGCACGCCCUACAACGCUGACUUCGACGGAGAUGAAAUGAAUCUUCAUCUUCCUCAGACUGAAGAAGCCAAAGCCGAAGCCCUGGUGCUGAUGGGGACUAAAGCCAAUCUUGUCACCCCGAGAAAUGGUGAACCUUUGAUUGCUGCCAUUCAGGACUUUUUGACAGGCGCCUACCUCUUGACAUUGAAGGACACCUUCUUCGACCGAUCGAAGGCCUGUCAGAUUGUGGCGUCAAUCCUUGUGGGCAAAGACGAAAAAGUCCGGAUCACUCUGCCUCGCCCGGCCAUCGUGAAGCCCAUGGCCCUGUGGACGGGCAAACAGAUCUUCAGCAUGAUCCUGAAGCCCAGUAAGGACUGUCCAGUCAAGGCCAACCUGCGGACCAAAGGCAAACAGUACUGCGGGAAAGGAGAAGACCUCUGUCACAACGACUCCUUCGUGGUGAUUCACAACAGCGAGCUCAUGUGUGGCAGCAUGGAUAAAGGUACCCUGGGAUCUGGCUCCAAGAACAACAUUUUCUACAUCCUGCUGAGAGACUGGGGGCAGCUGGAGGCUGCCAACGCCAUGUCUCGCCUCGCAAGACUCGCUCCCGUGUAUCUAUCCAACAGAGGGUUCUCUAUUGGAAUUGGCGAUGUGACACCUGGCCAGGGUCUGCUCAAGGCCAAGCACGACCUGCUGGACGACGGCUACAAAAAGUGUGACGAAUACAUUGAAGCUUUAGCGACGGGCAAGUUGCAGCAGCAGCCGGGCUGCACGGCCGAGGAGACUCUGGAGGCUCUCAUCUUGAAAGAGCUGUCCGUCAUCAGAGACCGAGCCGGGAGCGCCUGCCUCAGAGAGCUCGACAAGAGCAACAGCCCUCUAAUUAUGGCACUUUGUGGCUCCAAAGGAUCUUUCAUUAAUAUCUCUCAGAUGAUUGCCUGUGUGGGCCAGCAGGCCAUAAGUGGCUCUCGAGUACCUGAUGGGUUCGAGAAUCGCUCUCUGCCGCACUUUGAAAAACACUCAAAACUGCCUGCUGCUAAAGGCUUUGUGGCUGACAGCUUCUAUUCCGGCUUGACGCCCACCGAGUUCUUUUUCCACACGAUGGCUGGUCGAGAGGGUCUGGUGGACACCGCUGUGAAAACCGCAGAGACUGGAUACAUGCAGAGACGUCUGGUGAAGUCGUUGGAGGAUUUGUGCUCGCAGUACGACCUGACGGUGCGCAGCUCCACCGGGGACAUCAUCCAGUUCAUUUAUGGAGGCGACGGCCUGGAUCCAGCCGCAAUGGAGGGAAAAGACGAACCGCUGGAGUUCAAGAGAGUGCUCGACAAUAUUCGGGCGGUGUUCACGUGUCCAGACGAGCCGGCGCUCAGCCAGAACGAGCUGGUCCUCACCGCCGAGGCCAUCAUGAAGAGAGCCGACUUCUUGUGCUGCAGGGACAGCUUCUUGGAGGAGAUAAAGAAAUUCAUCAAGAGCGCCUCGGAGAGGAUCAAGAAGACCAGAGACAAAUACGGGAUCAAUGACAACGGCACCAGUGAGCCCAAAGUGCUUUAUCAGCUGGACCGGAUCACCCCCACGCAGCUGGAGAAGUUUCUGGAGACCUGCAGAGACAAGUACAUGAGAGCUCAGAUGGAGCCCGGCUCGGCCGUCGGAGCGCUGUGCGCCCAGAGCAUCGGCGAGCCGGGGACUCAGAUGACGCUGAAAACCUUCCACUUUGCCGGCGUGGCGUCCAUGAACAUCACCCUGGGCGUCCCACGCAUCAAAGAGAUAAUCAACGCCUCCAAGAACAUCAGCACUCCUAUAAUCACGGCCCACUUGGACGUGGAGGACGACGCCGACUUCGCCCGACUGGUGAAGGGAAGAAUUGAGAAAACUCUCCUUGGAGAGAUUUCCGAGUACAUUGAAGAGGUUUUUCUUCCAGACGACUGCUUCAUCCUUGUGAAACUGUCCCUAGAGAGAAUAAGGCUGCUGAGACUGGAGGUCAAUGCGGAAACGGUGCGCUACUCCAUCUGCAUGUCCAAGCUCCGCGUCAAGCCCGGAGACAUCGCCGUGCACGGCGAGGCGGUGGUGUGCGUGUCUCCACGGGAGAACAGCAAGAGCUCCAUGUACUACGUGCUGCAGUCGCUGAAGGAAGAACUUCCCAAGGUGGUCGUCCAGGGGAUCCCCGAGGUCGCCCGGGCCGUCAUACACAUCGACGAGCAGAGCGGCAAGAACAAAUACAAACUCCUGGUGGAGGGCGACAACCUGAGGGCCGUCAUGGCAACGCACGGCGUGAACGGGAGCCGGACCACUUCAAACAACACGUACGAGGUGGAGAAGACGCUGGGCAUCGAGGCUGCCAGAUCCACCAUCAUCAAUGAGAUCCAGUACACCAUGGUGAACCACGGCAUGAGCAUCGACCGGCGCCACGUCAUGCUUCUCGCUGAUCUCAUGUCCUACAAGGGGGAGAUUUUAGGAAUCACCAGGUUCGGUUUGGCCAAAAUGAAGGAGAGCGUCCUCAUGCUGGCCUCCUUCGAGAAAACCGCCGAUCAUCUCUUUGACGCCGCCUAUUUCGGGCAGAAGGACUCCGUUUGUGGAGUGUCUGAGUGCAUCAUCAUGGGGAUUCCCAUGAAUAUCGGAACAGGUCUGUUCAAACUUCUCCACAAAGCUGACAAGAACCCCGCCACGCCCAAAAGGCCUCUUCUCUUCGACAGUCCAGACUUCCACGUCCCGCUGGUCACAUAGCAUCCAGAGGAUGUUUUCUGAAGUAUUUUCUUUACGGACAUUAGGAUCAUCUUCAAAAGUGCCUACCACAGUGUCAUUUAAUGUCACACACAAGCAAAGACAACGAAAGACCGGUUUCAUUUGUGUGAUUUUUUUUUUUUUUUUUUUUUUAAGUUAAUUUCCAUGUAAGUUGUGGAAGUUGUUUAAUUUUGGAUCGUAGUGCCUACAGAAAAAAUGAAGAAAUGUUUUUCUGGCUUUAUACAUGUUUCUUUCAGGGUGUGUGCGUUUUCUGCUGUGAUGUUUAAAAAGGCCUGUAAUGAAACUUUAAUUAAUACCCUUCAGUUGAUAUAAAGAGUCCAGAGGGAUUCUGUAAAAUUUCAUAAGCAAGCAGACUGUAUAGAUUCUGUUUUGUCUCCAAAUAGGAAACAAACUUCUUCCAUUUCUAUUCACUCUGAAAACUACUGGAGUUAUGAGUUUAGGUCAUACCAGAUUCUGCCCUGCAAAUUUAUUAAAAGUAACUUUUUUUUUUGUUAUCAAAGUCGCUCAUUAAUUUACUGGUCUAAGGUUUUGUAUAUAAUGUCAUGAAUAAAGUAUUCAAUAAGAA